AUGAAGCAUUAAACAAACAAACAGGGAAAAAUCUGGACCUCUUUCCUUCUUUUGGGUUUUCCCUGUUCCAGUCCUCCAUAAAAAUAAAUCUAGGGUUUUUUCUUUUUUCAAUUUCAAUUCGAAUUUGGAUACUGCUUCUUCUUUUGCUUCUUCUUCGUCGUCGCCUAUUUCAACAAGAAAUUUCUCCUCUUGUAUUCUCGUGAAAUCGAGCCACGAAAGGAAAAAGGGAAGAGAAUUAGUGUUCCUUUGGUACUUGUAGCUGCUCCAGAUUAAACUUUUUGGUUGUCUAUAUAAGAUAUGGGACAAUGCUUAUGUUCUGAUAAGGGGGAAGAUGAUUCCGAUCAGCAUCUUGAUUUUGCUGGCAGUAAUGUGCACCUCAUUACUGCCAAGGAGAUCUGGGACGAGAAGUUGUCAGAAGCUAGUAAGGAUGGAAAAGUAGUUGUGGUGAAUUUCAGCGCAACAUGGUGUGGUCCUUGUAAGGUGAUUGCACCAUUCUAUCGUGAGUUGUCUGAGAAAUACCCAUCUCUAAUGUUCGUGGUGGUUGAUGUUGAUGAGUUACCGGAAUUCAGCAGUUCAUGGGAUAUCAAAGCUACCCCAACCUUUUUCUUUCUAAGAGAUGGGCAGGAAAUUGACAAGCUUGUUGGGGCCAACAAGCCAGAGCUGCAGAAGAAGAUAACUUCCCUUCUAGACAACGUGGCUGAUAGCGUCAAAUGACUGUUGUGUUGCUUCGUAAUUCGAAAAUUUGAGAGUGCAGCAAUUAGCAUCUUUAUCCAUUGUGUAGUUUGCUACUUCGAUUGUUAAUUGUGAGGCUUCCAUUUUGCCUGUCAUGUAAAUACGCCUACUGCCUACAUGAAAAUUUUGGAAUCUGUCAACUGUGAAUGAGCAAUUCCACUGUAUUCUUCUAGUAA